ACAGUAACACUUCUUCUUCUUCCUUUCUCUCUCAAUUUCAUCUUCUCUCAUUUUGCAUGUCAUUUACAGUAGAAGAUCCGAUGGAUUCUAUCAUGGUAUCAGAGCGCCGGUCAUUGGAUUUACAGCUCAGAUCUAAGCUCCGCCGGAAAUCAGGAACAAAUCACUAACAAAACUCACUUUUUGAGCAGCCAUGGCCGAAAAUGAUGUUGCUUUGCUUGACUACAAUCAUCCGCUAUUUUUCCAAGCUGGAGAUGCUCCAGGACUCGUAUUGAUACUGGUCAAACUCACAGGGCCAGAAAAUUAUGCCCUGUGGAGCAGAGCGAUGAAGUGAGCACUACGCGGAAAGAGUAAGCUUAGUUUGUAGACGGUACUUGUGUGAAAAGCAAUUACAAGGGAGAAUUGGCGGAGCAAUGGGAAAAAUGCAAUGCUGUUGUGUUGUCAUGGAUUGGAAGCACCGUAUCAAGUGAAUUGAUGCCGAGUAUUGUGUACGUGUCAAAUGCGAAGAAAGUUUGGAGCGAUUUUUAGGAGAGAUUUGACAGAUCUAAUCUCACUAGAAUUUAUCAUCUGUGGAGUGCAAUUGCGACUCUAAGGCAAGGUAUGGAUUAUGUCACCAGCUAUUAUUCGAAAAUAAAGGAUUUAUGGGAUGAAGUUGAUGUAUUAGCCCAUUUGCCCUCUUGUGAUUGUGAAGAAUCUUGACCUUCUGUUGUUCAUUUGGAAAACAUAAGGCUGUUGCAAUUUCUUAUGGGAUUAAAUGAAAGUUAUAGCAAUAUACGCAGUAAUGUGUUGGCAAAAAGGCCAGUUGUGGUUGUUAAUGAGGCUUAUGUAUAGUUAGUCAAGAGGAAAGUCAGAGGACCUUAGGUGUCACAGAUGCGCACAGAGAUCCACUCACAAUGUUGGCAGGAAAAGAUCAAGACUUUAGACCUAGGAAGCCCGGCUUAAUAUGUGAGUAUUGUGGGUAUAAAGGCCAUCUGAAGGAGAAUUGCUUUAAGAUAAUUGGAUAUCUACCUGAUUUCAAAAGCAAAAAGAAGAAUCAAACAGCUGGAGGAAAGCAUAUGCCAAUAAUGCAAAUGCAAACACAACUAAUGCAAAACGAAGAAAGAACAAUGCCAACAAUUCAAGCACCAGGCCAAUUCUUUACAGAAGAGCAUUACAAGCAAUUGGUCAAUUUGCUGUCAAAGCCUAAUGCAUGGGAAUGUUCUGCAAAUAUGACAGGAUCUUUACAGUGACAGGAUGAUGGGGAUUGGUAAAGAGCACAAUGGGUUGUAUCUACUAAAGGAGAACAAAACACUAGCAGCAGCAGGAUAUUUUGUACAGCAAGGAAUUAACGAUGAGCUUUGGCAUCUGAGACUAAGACAUGCAUCAACAAAGGCAAUGGGGAAUAUACUAGCUCUGAGGAAUAAAGUAGAUUCUCUGGUUCAACAAAACUGUAAGUUUGUCCU